GAAACACCCAAACCCUCUCAUUUUUUUUCUUAAAGAAAACUACUUUCACAGAGAGAGUUUUAUACCCUCCCCUAAGAAAAAACAACCAUCAACAAGGAGAUUUUUUUAAGUUUAUAUCAAUAUUAAAAUGGGGUUCCAUCAAACUCAUGAAACAAACCAAGUUCUUCUUUCUAAGAUUGCUAUCAGCGACGGUCACGGCGAGGAUUCACCCUAUUUCGACGGGUGGAAAGCGUACGAUAACGAUCCGUUUCACCCGGAGAAUAAUCCUUCAGGUGUUAUUCAGAUGGGUUUAGCAGAAAAUCAGCUUUCUCCCGACUUGCUUGUCGAUUGGAUUAAAAAACAUCCGAAAGCUUCGAUUUGUACCGACGAAGGUCUCCUGAACUUCAAGGACAUUGCUAACUUCCAAGAUUACCACGGCUUGCCAGAGUUUCGAAAUGCGAUUGCGAGUUUUAUGGGGAAGGCGAGGGGUGGGAGGGUGAAAUUCGACCCAAGUCGGAUCGUGAUGGGCGGCGGUGCUACUGGGGCGAGCGAAGCCGUCAUCUUUUGUUUAGCCGAUCCGGGCGAUGCCUUUUUGAUUCCUUCUCCAUAUUAUGCAGCGUUUGAUAGAGAUCUUCAAUGGAGAACACGAGCACAAAUAAUUCCAGUUCAUUGCAACAGCUCGAACAACUUCCAAAUCACAAGGGAAGCCUUGGAAGUAGCAUAUAAAAAGGCUGAAGAAAGCAAUAUCAAAGUAAAGGGUCUUAUAAUAACCAAUCCUUCAAAUCCCUUAGGCACAAUAUACGAUCGUGACACUCUCAAAAGCCUUGUCAACUUUGUGAAUGACAAUAAUAUUCACUUAGUUUGCGAUGAAAUUUACUGUGCCACUGUCUUCAAAUCCCCAAGCUUCAUUAGCAUUGCUGAAAUUAUUGAAGAAAUGGACCAUUGCAAGAAGGAACUCAUUCAUAUACUUUCUAGUUUGUCCAAAGAUAUGGGACUCCCUGGUUUUAGGGUUGGAAUUCUUUAUUCUUAUAACGAUACUGUCGUGAGCAUUGCUCGUAAGAUGUCGAGUUUUGGCUUAGUUUCAUCCCAAACGCAACAUUUGCUCGCUGCUAUGCUCUCCGAUGACGAGUUUGUUGACAACUUUUUGGUUGAAAACUCAAAACGGCUCGCAAAAAGACAUGCAAGAUUCACAAAAGAGCUAGAGAAAAUGGGAAUCACUUGCUUGAAUGGCAAUGCGGGGCUUUUUGUAUGGAUGGAUUUGAGGAAGCUAUUAAAAGACCAAAGCUUUGAAUCAGAAAUGGAGCUUUGGCGAGUGAUUAUCAAUGAAGUGAAGCUCAAUGUUUCUCCUGGCUCAUCCUUUCGUGUCACUGAGCCAGGUUGGUUUCGAGUUUGUUUUGCAAACAUGGACGAUAACACCGUCGAUGUUGCUCUCGGUAGAAUCCAUAGCUUCGUUGGAAAGAUCGACAAAAAGGAAAACAAUACCAUCCCAAUGCCACCAAAGAAGAAGCCUCGAGAGAAUAAGCUAAGGUUAAGCUUCUCGUUCUCUGGGAGAAGAUAUGAGGAGGGCAACGUUCUUAAAUCUCCCCACAUGAUGUCACCUCACUCCCCGUUAGUGAGAGCCAAGACUUAAUGAGGAUGAGUUAUUUGACAUUGACUUUUUCUAAAAAGUGUUUUUUUAGAGUUAAUCAAUAGCUAUUUUUCAAAAUUUUCAUAUAUACUUUGAAAUUUUUAAAACCAUCUGUGAAAGAAAGUAUUUUCACUCCAAAAAAAACACUUCUUUCAAAAGUCAUCUUAAACUUAUCCGCAAUCCACCUACUUAUGAGG